GAAGAGCGAGCGUGCGAAGGAGAGCGCUGCUGUUUGUAUGGCGUAGCCAGGGAGGUGCCCCGUGGCUCUGGAAGCGCAGCGGUAACGCUGUCCUCGGUGCCGGUGCAGCCGUACCCUUUAUGGAACAGAGUUGUGUACAGUCCGCGAUGGCGAUGGGCUUGUCGUCCAAGAAAGGCUGCUCAAGGAGCGUGGCGGUGGAGCGCAAAAAUCUCAUCACCGUUUGCAGGUUUUCUGUGAAGACUCUACUGGAGAAAUAUACAGCGGAACCCAUCGAUGACUCAUCGGAGGAGUUCAUCAACUUCGCUGCCAUUAUGGAGCACAUUCUUAGCCACCGCUUCAAAGGCUCUGGCAGCUGGUUUGAUGGUCAGAGGAGUUUCUGGGACUUCAUCCGACUGGCGUGCGGUAAAGUCCCCAACAGCUGCAUCAGCAGCAUUGAGAACAUGGAGAACAUCAGCUCCUCCCAGGCCAAGGGUAGAGCAUGGUUACGGGUGGCUCUGAUGGAGAAGCGUCUGUCGGAGUACAUUGCCACGGCUCUUAGGGACAGCCGCACCACCAGGAGGUUUUAUGAUGACGGCGCCAUCAUGCUGAGAGAGGAAGCCUCUGUGCUGACCGGUAUGCUCAUCGGCCUCGGAGCCAUCGACUUCAGUUUCUGUCUGAAGGGAGAGGCACUGGAUGGGAAAUCUGAAGCAGUCAUUGACUACACCCCCUACCUGAAGUUCACACAGAGCUAUGACUACCUUAGCGAUGAGGAUGACCGGCGCAGUGUGGACAGCAGCAGCAGCGAGGAAAGCGCGCCGGAGCAUCCUUACGUUCCCUUGGUAACCGAGGAGGAGAGCUGGAGCGCCAAGUGCAGGAAGAUGGAGCAACGCUACAAGAUCGUCUACGCACAGAAGGGAUACCUUGAGGAGCUGGUUCGCCUGCGUGACUCCCAGCUGAAGAACCUGGAGAUGGAGAACAAGCGCUUGAGCUCCCAGCUGGAGGAGGUGCAGAACCAGAGUGAACAAGAGAAGAGAGAACUGGAGGGGAUCGUUCUGGAACUCCAGGAACAGCUGACUGGCCUUAUACCCUGUGACCCCCGUCAGUUGUCUAAAGACCUGCCUGUCCCCUCAGUCAACGAGUGGACCUCGCUAAGCCCCUUCAACAAUGCGACUGGCGACAAACUCUUCCGCAGCAGAGGCAGCUUCCCCAGUCCUGAGCCCCUCUUAGCAACGCUCAGUCUGGACUCAGAGCCUCAGAGAGCCGAGGCCAAGCCCAACGGACAAGCCUGGUGUACCAGAGCAGAGAAGAACUACACCACGUCCAUGUUGGGUCUGUGUGGCUCCAUGGGCUCCCUGCCCAGCUGUAAGUCUCUGCCCAGCCUCAGGUCGACAGAGUGCCUGGUGAAUAUCAGUGCUGACCCCAGCCCUGCCCUCACCCCCAGCUAGAGGGCGCCACAGAGCAGCCGCCCACCCACCCACCCGCCAUGCCACAGGAGAAACCAUGUGACCAAGCCCUGACCGACCACAGAGGAUUCUGGGAUUGAGGCCGAACUGCAGAAGAAAUUACAAAAUUCUUGGGACAUUGUUUAUGUUUUUUUUUUUUUUUGCUUUCGUUUUUGUGUGUUUUGUUUUUGGAACAGAUGAUGUCACAUAGGUCGGAAAUAGACCAAGAUGGCUGCUCUUCAGGACGCCUCUGUGUUCCUCUCAGCCGUCACAUGGUUCCGCCAGUGGAACGUGGUUCCUCCUGUAGACCGUUACUAGACCUGUGCUGUAGAACAUUUGCACUGAGGUGUAUUGGGAUUGGCCGAAGACUGGGAGCAGGCUGUCACAAAGGAUUGUGGUGUGGACUCUCCUGGUUGAGCCUCAGAAACAGCAAAUGAGUCUGUUCUAUCCCUUUAUCUACAUAUCUUACAUCUACAUGAGCCACACACGCACACACACACACACACACACACACACACACACAACCUAAUUACCAUACAGGCAUCACACCAUAGUUACACAAACCACUUACACACUUUCCAGAUGAAAGUCUCACCACAACAGGCACAGACACACACGCUACCAUGGCCAACACACACUUCACACAGGCUCUCACACACAGGAGGACUUUUAACACACACACACACACACACACACACACACACACACACACACACACACACACACACACACACAUUCCAAAACAAACCUCCCCUAAUGCAGACAUUCCCAACAGAGACUAUUGGUGAGACGAAGGCCUGGGUGUGUGUGUGAAGUCAGUGUAGAAACUAUAGCAACCCUCUCUCCUCUUCCAAAAAAACCCCCCAACCUGUCUCCUGAGGAGAGACCGGCUUCUCUGCCAUAGAAACGUCUGAACGUCAUCAACGUGUGUCAACGUCGUCAACCAACGGAAAACAAAAGCGAAACAUGUGGACUAGCUGUAGUACUGCCCUUCACAGCCUCCUUCUCUCCUCUCCAGUCUUCAGCGUGGAGAAAUGUACUGUUUCAGUGGCGGUGGAGAUUCAGCCCUUUGUGGGUAGAAACAAUAGCAAACGUUAGCCAACUAAUUCCUAUACAAAUAUUAUAUGCACAUACGAUUUUAUCAGUGUCUACUCAUGGACCAAAAUCAUUCAGCUAACUUCCUCAAAGCCGAUGUGUGUUCUUAACAUUCGUUGUGUCUGCCGGGCCAUUCAUGUACUGUAAGUGUGCUUGCUUCUGCAGUCUGUGAUGGUAAAUUAAAAAAAGCAGGCCAAGGCUUAUAGUUGCCUAGCUGGGGGAACUGAGCAAAACCAUGGCAAGAUUAUGCAAAAAUUGAUUGUGAUAUGGUUGAAAUUAGGCUAGAGGCUGGGUUGUUAAAGUAAUUGAAUAUUUACGCGAGGUAAGUGUGGGGUCGGAUUUACAACUAAGGCUGGACAGGAAGUGGGUGAGAUAUGGGUUAGGCCUGGUACCAGCCGGCUUGGGCCCUGGCUAAGAGAGUUAUCCCUAUAUGAGGUUAUGAAACUGUGUGUGAGUGUUGUAUGUGCUGUGUACGUGUGUGGGGUUAUCCAGACAUCAUGAAACAUUUUAUCUUUGCCACAAUAGCCAACCUAUUUAAUACACCAUUGACAACAAAGACGUCUAUCAUUUUGAAAUCGAAUGCAAUAAAAACUGCCUCUUUUGUUAGACAAUG